GCGGCGGGGAGGGCGGCGGCGGCGGCGGGCGCGGGAAGAUGGCGGCGGCGGCGGCGGCGGCGGCCGCGACGGCGGCGACGGCAGCCGAGCAGCAAAGUUCCAAUGGUCCUGUAAAGAAGUCCAUGCGUGAGAAGGCUGUUGAAAGAAGGAGUGUCAACAAAGAGCACAAUAGUAACUUUAAAGCCGGGUAUAUUCCAAUUGAUGAAGAUCGCCUGCAUAAAACAGGACUGCGAGGGAGAAAGGGCAAUCUAGCCAUCUGUGUGAUUAUCCUCCUGUUUAUCCUGGCUGUCAUCAAUUUAAUUAUAACGCUUGUUGUCUGGGCUGUGAUUCGCAUUGGACCAAAUGGCUGUGACAGCAUGGAGUUUCAUGAAAGUGGUCUGCUUCGAUUUAAGCAAGUAUCUGACAUGGGAGUUAUACAUCCCCUUUAUAAGAGCACAGUAGGAGGAAGGCGAAAUGAAAAUUUAGUCAUCACUGGCAACAACCAGCCUAUUGUUUUUCAGCAAGGGACAACAAAGCUCAGUGUAGAAAAGAACAAAACUUCUAUUACGAGUGACAUUGGUAUGCAGUUUUUCGACCCGAGGACUCAAAAUAUCUUAUUCAGCACAGACUAUGAAACUCAUGAGUUUCAUUUGCCAAGUGGAGUGAAAAGUUUGAAUGUUCAAAAAGCAUCUACUGAAAGGAUUACCAGCAAUGCUACUAGUGAUUUAAAUAUAAAAGUUGAUGGACGUGCUAUUGUGCGUGGAAAUGAAGGAGUAUUCAUUAUGGGCAAAACCAUUGAAUUUCACAUGGGUGGUAAUAUGGAGUUAAAGGCUGAAAACAGCAUCAUCCUGAAUGGGACUGUGGUGGUCAGCACAGCCCGCCUCCCUAGUUCCUCCGGCGGAAACCAGUUUGGCGGUGGUGACUGGGUGCGCUACAAGCUCUGCAUGUGCGCUGACGGAACCCUCUUCAAAGUGCAGGUGACGGGCCAGAACGUGGGCUGCCAGACCUCGGACAACCCCUGUGGAGACACUCAUUAGGAAAGCCCGCGAGGGCGUCCGUAGGUUCGUGUUGUGACUUGACUCUUUUUUUAAGAGUGGGCAUGCAGAUCUUGUUUUUACAGAGUUUGUGGUAACUCGUAAUCAUUUUAUCCGCAGAGCACUGCUGUAUCUAUUGUAUAGUCUUCAUGUUUAAAAUAGUCUCAGAGAGCCUAAAUUCUAAUACAUUUCAUUAAGUUGCACUGAUCUUCAAUUUAUAGUUCUCUGAAAUAGUUAAGAGAAGUGAAUACAAUCAAAAUUAAUCUUUCAAGAAGUAUUUUUAAAAUGCCACUGUUCCUUGUCUAAAGGCUAAAGGGCUGAAGCAACUGUUUAGACUCACUGUAAGUGAGCUUUCAGUGAGUAAUGGGAAUAGACCCACUUAAGAUGUUUAAAGGUACACCAUCAAUAAAUGUUACAUGCUCUGUCUUUUGGCUUCUAAGGGGAAAGAUAGAUUUUUAGUGCAUUAACUUUCAGCCAUAAUCUCACAUGCAAAUGAGGUCAUUAAAGAACUUCACAUAUGGGAGAUAGUAAGAAACUAUGGUUCCUUAGUUUUGCACUAGGAAGAAAAUACUCUAAUAGAAUGUUUGCUCAUGAAGUAUUGAUGAAUAUUGUGUUCGCAAUGUGGUAGCAAUUAAAGCACCAUCUCAGCUUUAACUUAAAUAAUGACAGCUGUCAUUUGUUGAGCAUCUUACACUGCCCGGCCUUGUCCUAGGCAUUGCAUGUGUAAAGUCUCUAAUUCUCACCACGACUCUACAAGCAGAUGUUGUUAUCCCACUUUACCCACUAGGAAACUGAGGAUCAGAGAAGUUAAGAAACUUGCCUAAUGUUACAGAGGAAAUAGCAGAGUUGGGAUUGGCAUUUGGGUGUGAUUCAAACCUACAUGGACCUGUUUCUAAAUACCCCAUUUCCCAACUGGGGUACCUGAAUGGAUAAAAGCGUUGCUAAGAUAUGUAUACCCUCAGCCCUUGGGGCAGCACAGUGGGAAAUGGGGAGGCCAUGCCUCAGACAAGUCCUGCUGGCCAGGAAUGGCUGGUGGGUUUACCCCAGCAAGCCAGACAAAUACCACCCUUUGUAACAUGUGCCGUACCUUGAAAAAAGUCAGGAAGCACUGGACUAAGGGUGAUAAUGCGGGAAAUAAUACAAGUAAUUUUCACAGAAGUAUGAGAUUGAUCUCUGCUCCUAACAUCACCGCCCAUUGUCAUGAUUUACAACCCUCAAGCCAGUUGAUUUUUAAUGUAUUUUAUAGUUGACUUGAAAGGAACUCUCUGGUAAUAUUAAGAUAUACACAACAUCAGGAAGAGAGACCUCAAAGUAGUGUACUGUAAAGCAGGCAGUAGAGGUAAAUCAUAGGCCCUGUUCUGCAUUCAAGUAUAAUAUUCUGUCCUUAUCAGUUUGAACUAUACGGAUAAGAAAACAAGAAAAUAGUUUGCAUUCAAUAUUGUCACAGUUCUCUCUGAAAGAAAAAUCAAAUACUUUAGAGAUUAUGAAUAGUCAUUAAAGUAUACUAAAGUAGAGUUUGACUUACUACCUAAUACUGAGUGCAGUUUUUAAGUGAAAAAAAAAAAGUGAAAUUUAUGACCUCUCGGUGUUAUUAGUUGUAGUGAUGUUCAGAACCCAUUUGAAUAUAUUCAGUAUCACUUAAUAUCUGAAUAAUAUUCAGAAAAAUCCAUUGGAAUUUUCAUUCAGAUGCUCAGUGGAUUUGUAAAUUUUACAUUCAUUACUUGUCUGCUCUAUUUAGAUUUGUUUUGAAAGUUUAUUUAGAUAAAUAUUUUUACAAAAACCACAUAACACUAUGUUACAAAGUAUUAUUUAUUGAAUGUAAUUCAUGAAAUAAUCUAAGUUUACUCCUCUUUGAGAAAUACCUGUUUUUGAUACAUCUCCAUCAAGUGCUUUGCAUGUGAGAGAAUAUCGAUGUUUUUAUAAAACUGAUUGUUAAGGUCAUAGGUAUAGUAUUUUAGGACAUUUUGCAGGUAGCGUUUGCUUUUUUCAUUGAAACGUAGACCUGGGAAAUUCCC